AUGAUAGGACGGUACAUCAUCGGCUGGAACGACUCUGCGACUGAAAAGUAUCGACACAGGAAACUGGAGAAUUUGCCUGUAUACCACGAGAGACAGAGCUUUUGGCUGUGCGCAAAGCACUCGCUGAACAAUGUGCUUCAGCAGGAAGCAUACACGCACAAUGACCUGGAGCGUGUUGCCAACCAGCUGCACGCACAGCAGCAGCAAGCAGCCGGCUGGCUUUCCCGCAACAACCAUAAGAACACGUUUGGGUUCGGCGACUACGACGUCAACGUAAUCACUGGCGCACUGCAUGAGCGCGGGCUUGAUCUGCACUGGCAUGACAACCGCGUUCCGAUCUCGCAAGCGAUGCCGACCAUGGCCAACCCGGAGCUCUCGCAGGCCAAGCAGCAAAGCCGACACACUUCGCAGCCGCCCCCACUGCCCAUGCGUCACCCGAGCCAGCCCCACAAAGCGCAGGAGACUCCAAACCCUGGGCACGCCUCACCUACAACGCCCGCCUCUCUCGACCCCCAGCAGCGGCCCAAGCUCACCUCAGACAGCGCCCGAGGCUGCCACUCCCCAGCGGACGCAAGGCCGCCAACGUCCGAUCGCGUAGCGGAGUUCCGACUGGAUAUCCCCGACGGGAUCCGCAACAUGACGCAGCACGCAGGCGCCCAGAUCCACGGCAGCGUGCUUCUGACAGUGACCAAAGCAACGCGGGCACAGCGGAUCCAAGUGCGGUUCCUCGGGCAGCAGCGGAGCCGGCUGCAGGAUGCCGGCAGCCAGUCGCCGAUCGCAUCAUUUGUCACAGUCGAACUGCCCUUGUUUGACCGGCAACUGACCCUGUGGGACGGCGAUGCCGAUGGCGCUGGCGCUGGGGUUUUGGAGCCGGGCACUUUGCGGCUGCCGUUUACGGUUGCGCUGCCGGAGGCGGAGUACCCGGCGACGGUGCGGCGUGAGGGCGUGUGCCGGGUCAAGUAUUCCUUGUGGGCGGAGCUCGAGCGCCAAAGUGUGUUUUGCGACCGAGUGCUGAAGACGCCAAAGGAGGAAAUCUGGAUGUCCCCGAGGGUGUAUCCUGGAGGAGGCCCAUCGGAGAAGCCUCUGAGGAUUGACGCCGAGGCUGUGCCGCGAGUGGAGUCGGGCAUUGUGGUGCGUGUGGCAGGCGCAAUGUUGCAGUCGCCGGUGGUGGCCGGUGGGUGCGUUGGGUUGCACUUGGAGGCAACCACGGCGGUGGGCGGGGGUUCUGGUGUGGAGCCGGGCAGACUUUUGGCAUAA